AUGUACGUGAGCUAUCUCCUGGACAAGGACGUGAGCAUGUACCCCAGCUCCGUGCGCCACUCUGGCGGCCUCAACCUGGCCCCGCAGAACUUCGUCAGCCCCCCGCAGUACCCGGACUACGGCGGCUACCAUGUGGCGGCCGCGGCGGCGGCGGCCGCGAACUUGGACACAGCGCAGUCCCCGGCGCCGUCCUGGCCCGCGGCCUAUGGCGCCCCACUCCGCGAGGACUGGAACGGGUACGCGCCGGGGGGCGCCGCGGUGGCGGCCAACGCCGUGGCGCACGGCCUCAACGGGGGCUCGCCGGCCGCCGCCAUGGGCUACAGCAGCCCCGCCGACUACCACCCGCACCACCACGCGCACCACCACCCGCACCACCCGCCCGCCGCGCCCUCCUGCGCUUCGGGAUUGCUGCAGACUCUCAACGCCGGUCCCCCCGGGCCCGCCGCCCCCGCUGCCACCGAGCAGCUGUCCCCCGGCGGCCAGCGGCGGAGCCUGUGCGAGUGGAUGCGGAAGCCGGCGCAGCCGGCCCUCGGGAGCCAAGUGAAAACCAGGACGAAAGACAAAUACCGGGUCGUGUACACGGACCAUCAGCGGCUGGAGCUGGAGAAGGAGUUUCACUACAGUCGUUACAUCACCAUCCGGAGGAAAGCCGAGCUGGCCGCCACCCUGGGGCUGUCCGAGAGGCAGGUUAAAAUUUGGUUUCAGAACCGCAGAGCGAAGGAAAGGAAAAUCAACAAGAAGAAGUUGCAGCAGCAGCAGCAGCCUCCGCCGCCUACAGCGCAGCCUCCCCAGCCACAGCCAGGCCCUCUGAGAAGUGUCCAGGAGCCCCUGAGUCCUGUGUCUUCCCUGCAAGGCUCUGUGCCAGGCCCUGUCCCUGGAGUUCUGGGGCCAACUGGGGGGGUGUUGAACCCCACUGUCACCCAGUGA